CCGGGUCUGCGCUUGGCACUGCACAUUUGGUUGAAAAAGUUCGAGGCGUGUGGCUGUACAUCCGCGUAAAGUGGGCUGAUAAUUUUACUUUCCCUGUGUGAAAAAGCACGAAAUUGGUGAAUUUUGUGCCUUUGCUGCGCGCGUGAGUGGUAGAAGGUUGGAAAUUACCGGUGCUGUCUAGUGGAAGUUUGUGUGAAUUAGGUUUUUGAAGCGCAUCGCUUGAAUCAUGAGUGAAAAGCAGGACCCACAAAAUGGCGAUCACCAGAACGGCCGCAACGAUGAUGAUGAGAUUCGCGAACCGGAACAUCUGCGUAAGCUGUUCAUCGGCGGUCUCGACUACCGCACCACGGACGAUACGCUGAAGGCGUACUUCGAGAAAUGGGGCAAGGUGGUGGACGUGGUCGUCAUGAAGGAUCCGAAAACGAAGCGUAGCCGCGGGUUCGGGUUCAUCACCUACUCGAAAUCGUACAUGAUUGACGACGCGCAGGCGAGCCGGCCGCACAAGAUCGAUGGGCGCGUGGUCGAGCCGAAGCGGGCCGUUCCGCGACAGGACAUCAACCGUCCGGAGGCCGGCUCGUCGGUGAAGAAGCUGUUCGUCGGCGGUCUGCGCGAUGACUUCGACGAGGAGCAUCUGCGUGAGUACUUCUCCAAGUACGGCAACGUCAUUUCGGCCUGCAUUGUUACAGAUAAGGAUAACGGCAAGAAGCGUGGCUUCGGUUUCGUCGAGUUCGACGAUUACGAUCCGGUGGACAAAAUCAUCUUGCAAAAAAGCCACACCAUCCAGAACAAGCUGCUGGAUGUGAAGAAAGCACUGCCAAAGCAAGAUAUGGACCGGUACAAGAACGACAUGGGUCGUACCGGUGGUGGUGGCGGUGGCGGCGGUGGUGGCGGUGCCUGGGGCAACCAGCGCGGCAGCGGUGGUGGCGGCUGGAACAGCCAGCGCGGUAGUGGUGGUGGUGGUGGUGGCGGCUGGGGUAACCAGCGCGGUGGUGCGGCGAACGAUUGGAACAGCGGUGGGUUCAAUAAUGGUGGCGGUUUCAAUAACGGUGGCUUCAACAAUGGCGGCAACAACUGGAACAACGGUGGCGGCAAUCCGUGGGACAAUGGGUGCGGUUCGCAGGGUCAGGGCGGUUGGGGCAACAACGGUGGCAAUUGGGGCGGCAACAGUGGCGGCGGUGGUGGCGGAUGGGGUGGCAAUGAGUUCGGAAAUAACUACCAGCAAGGAUACAACGCCGGUCCGGUGCGCGCCGGGGGCAAUUUCAACCAGCGAGCGGCACCCUACGGCAACCAAGGGGCUGGUCGCAGCGGAAGGUACGGCACUAGCCGUAUACAUUAAAUUUGACGAAGAGAGAGAGAGAAAAAAGAGUGGAUGAUGUCCCGUAAGAUUGAAUAAGUAAGAAUGCCUAUGCUCACUUUGCCUAUCAUCUUCAAACUGUCUAUUUCUCGUUGUGCAUAUUUUGAAGCCAAAAUAACUGCUCUUACCACAUGUUUCUUGCGUCUUGCGCCGGGUUCACAUACACCGCAUCGCGUACACGAACGUGUGUGUGAUAGCGAUCGUUAACGAACUCUGUCCGACAACCACCGUUCGCUCGCUCACCACUUGUCUUCUAACCACGCCAUACACCGUCUACUGUUGUUGACCGCCCCCAUACUCCCUCCACCCUCUGCCGCCGAUCGCACAUGUCGCUAACGCAAUGUGUCCCCAGAUGUAUCUUUGUGCGUCCCAUCGUCUCUUUCCCAUCCACAGCACAGCUACCACACACAAGCAAGUGCAACGCGCGGCUCUUCAAAGGUACAAAGCAAAGUUUUAGAAAGAGGCUAGAGCCAAAAAAAAUGAAGGUACAUUACAUACUCAGUCACAGUGAGCAAAACAAAACCAUACUCAGGCAGAGGCACAGUGUGUGCGUGUGUUUGGCAUGGCAGAGAAUGCAUGACAAAAAGCAGAGAACAGAUGUGCAUUACCGUAUAAAAGGGCUCGAUGGGAGAGGACAGUCAUUCGAAAAGUGUGGAGGUUCAAUCGAUAGGAGCUUCUUCACCCAAGCCAGCACGUUAACAACAGGAAGGAGAGUGCAGGAGCGCGCGCGUGCACACACAAACACACAGGCGAGAUGAAGGACAGUGACGAGAGAGAUAUAUAUUGAGUAGUGGAGAAGGUACCCACGCGCAUUCAUUUGCCAGGAUCUCAGCUCCACCUUGCUCUAUAGACUAGUCCGCAUUAACCCAGCAAACAUCAGGCGCGUGCAACCCUUCCCUCGUCAGAGUUUGAGCGGUUUUCUUCAGAUCGACGUACAAAAGCAAAGCAUAUAUCUAAUGUGUAUGAGUGGUUAGAGCUAUCGCAUCCAUCCCAGGAAAGCAGCUGCAUUAUCCGCAGCACCACACAACAGGAAAGCAGUCGACAUAGAGGGAGGCACAUUGAGUGUAGCAUAUGACAGUGAUAGAGAACAGCAUUUGAACAACUUCAUUGCUUGCUUAACGUCAAGUUUUGCCCCGGUGGUGGUCACCGACAUCGUUGCUCUAGUAUGUGUUCCCUUUCCUCCUAUUUCUCGUCUUACCGGGCAGUGGUGGUUUUACAAGAUCGGAUGAGAAUGAGUCGUUAAGAGAAGAAGUAUAUAGACAACAACGCAGGUCUCUCAUUUUAUACGAACACUGCUGUAGAAAGGCGGAAAUAAAAGUCUUAGCGCGUUUUAGCGUUUGACCUUUUUGAGUGUAGCGCUACAACUGACUUGGAUGAAAUAUGUAUCCCCUGCGAGUAAAAUUUGAGUAAAACAUACAAAAACAGGAGAAGAAGAAAUAUACCGAUGAGCAGCAGGAAAACAAAUCUUAAAAACAUGCAACACACCAACACAAAAUGGCUCGGUGGUGGUGUGUAAAUCUCUCAACUACCUUCAUUGUUGGUGUACAAGCACAGUAACAGCCCUUGUGUUUGCUAUGAAACGGAUAGCAAGUAUAUUAUAUUUAUUAACUAUAAAUGUAUAGAUGUAUGGAAGUAUAAACUAGACUAGAGUUUAAGACCAGGGAUUGCUCGGUAAGCGAAGUUUGAUUUACACUACAAAAGAAUUUAACCAGUUUUAUACAUAGCCAUCCCCACAGAAAUACACAAACUCUGACACACUUUCACAGCUAACAAUCGUACAUCAGCUUCUUGUCGUUCAAAGACACAGAUGGUUGUUUUUCAUUUCAAAUAGGAAACAAAAGAGAAAAAUGCAACUCGCUUUGAGUUUCAAAGCGACGGUAAAAAAAAAAUAUUAGAACAAUCGAAAAAGUUCAGUUAUAAAAACAAACACAAAAGAUAUAGCGCAAGAGUAGACAAGUAUAAAGUACUAAUUUAGGAAAUGAUGAGAAAGGAAAAAAGAGAAAAAUCGUCCAGAAAAACAACAUGACUAGGAAGUUGAGACAACAGGAACGAAAAUCGUAAAAAUGAUAAAGAGCGUAUAUAUCGUGUACACUGAACACACAGACCACAAGCAGAGUUAUUCAUACAUAUUUGAUUGUAUAUAGAUUGACGUUUGUCUUUUUCGUAAGGUAUAAAAUGAUUUUUUUUAAAUAUCAUUGAGUUCUCCAUCGUCGCACUGCUCGCAAUAGAUGAGUUUUAGUUCACUAGUUUGGUUCGAUUAAAAUGGUAUGGAUAUAUAGAAUAGCGCCGCUCUAAAGCAAAUAAAAAGCAAUAGGAAAAAAUGAAAGGUUUCGGUUGUGUUAUGUAGCAGCAAUUAUCGUUUUCUAACGUAUCAAUAGUAAACCAAUUUCUUACGUCGAGAAAUCACUCUUAUUAGAUUCAUAGUGAUAACAUUUGAGUGAUCCUGAUCAUAUCGAUCUUGGUUCGGUCACAAGGAUCCUCUUCUCGUAAUUGAUUUGAUCACAGUAAUUGAAAUAGAAGUCCCUGCAAGAUAGGAAGAAUGCUUUCCGCCGUUAAUUAAUGUAUGAAUUAUUGAAAUACACUCACGUGUACCGUUUCAAAUUAGGUUUGUUCGAUAGAGAUAUACUACACAACAUAAUAACCUUGCUAAAACCACCCCUGUGCCCCGUUUAUUAUAGGUUUUUUUUUCUGGUACAACAGCAUAUUCACGUGUAUAACCUACCAACCCCCCCCUAAUAAUUAUAAUAAUUAUCUCUCCGGUGCGAGAGGAGAAAGAGGGAACACAAAAUAAAACAAAUACAAAAACGAAACCAAGCUAUAGCUGGAGAAAAAGCAUCUUUUGAGAGUAAGAUCAUGUCGCAGUAAAACAAAAAUAAAUUAGAAAAGAGUAUAGAAUCGUCCGUA